AUGAAGUCCACAUUGACUGCCGGGCUCGUGGCCUCUGCCCUCGUUCUGCAGCAGGCUGCGGCUACAGGCAGCUGGGGUAACGCACCAAGCUUUUCCAGUCCUUCCAACUGCAACAACACCUGUACUCCGGACCAGGAAAGCGGGUUCAACUGGUCCGGUCUACCUACAGGUGGAUUCAGCAACUAUGGUGGAUUCGGCUUCAGCGGAUUCACCUGUCAAAAUUCCUUUCAGGGAAAGAGUAAGAGGUCUCUCGAGACUCGUUCAGGCUUUCAGUCCAAAUGCAUUCAGGGAAGCGUAGGCAAGUCCACUGGCGGGGGACCAAGCUUCUCCUGCGGCAAUGAUGAUGCAUUCUCCAUCAGCCAGCUGCAAGUCUCUGUCUCGUUUGAUACUGAGCUGGACCUUCAUUUCUCCAUGCCUGACGGCUCAACCUGCAAGCAUACUGCUUCGUGCAAAGCUUCAGGCUCGACCAUCGAGAACUCUCAAUGCGGUGGAGCCAAGUCAGUCACUUUUAGUUUGCCCCCUAGCAGCGGAAAGAGUUCUUGCGACGUUGGUAUCCACUCGAUUGGAUUCAACUGCAAUAGUUCGCCUCCUGCGACCAGCUCAACAACGUCGGCUGCUUCAACAACUACUUCUCCUGUAGUGAAGACAACAUCGACUACUACACCUGGUGUCUCGACAACGACUCCUGCGAUCCCUACCACAACGACCACCACCCCAGGCAAGGAGAUUCCGACGACUUCUACAACCACAACACCUGGAGUUGUACCCACCACUUCUACAACCACCCCAGGCAAGGAGGUACCGACGACUUCAACCACGACGCCAGCAGUUGUUCCAACGACUUCUACAACCACUCCAGGCAAGGAAAUUCCAACGACUUCUACAACCACAACAGCGGCAGUUGUUCCCACCACUUCUACCACUACCACGCCUGGCGCAGUCCCAACCACCACUACCACUUCUCCUGUCGAGGUCUCGACGACGUCGACAACAACAACGAGCACCACUCCUGGCAAAGAAAUCCCAACAACAUCCAGCACUACAACGACGUUUGCUGUUAUUUCUACAACCACCACGACUCCUGGUGAGGAAAUCCCAACAACAUCCAGCACCUCCACCACAUCUGCUGUUGUUACUACAAGCACUAGCACCAGCACCACCACAACACCAGGGAAGCAAUUGCCGCCUACGACAUUUUCAACCACUACGGUAUUCUCUACGACAUCUUCAUCAACAUCGGUUGCUCCACCCCCACCGGAGUCCUCUGCUCCUUGCCCACCCGUCCUUCCCAGCUGCUUGAACACCUGGCUCAGCCUGGUCCCCAAGUGCUCAUCCAACAGCGACACCAGAUGUUUCUGCCCAUCCCCAGAGUUCAUCUCCUCGGUCCAAGAAUGCGUCUCGGCCUGGUCUGGAAGUGACUCUGAAAUCACUGCUGCGCUGUCCUACCUCGCGGGUAUCUGCGCAGACUUUGUUCCCCAGAACCCAGGUAUCUGCACUGGCAUCCCGAGCAGCAUCACGCUCAUCCCCUCGGUCACUCCCGCCACGGGCGGCACCACCACCAUCCAGACCAACGGGAUCGGCCGUGGUUCUCGACCGGCCGUGCAGGGACCAACUCCUGCGCCCGUGACCACCCUCACGUUCACAGUGACCAAGAGCGAAGGAGGCGCCGAGACGUCAGUCGUCGCCGUCCCCGCCGUGAGCUUCGUCACCGCCACCGAGACGGGCCCGCAAGGUGGCGUCGGCGUCGGGCUGGUCCCCUUCAACAGCCCUGCGACUCCCACGCCCGCUCCUGGCACUGGAAACGGCGCGUCGUCGCCUGCGGGUGGAUGCUCAGGCGCCGGAUGCGCUGCCCCCGCCUCUGCCUCUGCCUUUGCCUCCGCCGCUGCCGCACCGGCUCCAGCUCCGGCCGGGGUCGCCACGGGACAGACGUCGUCGAGCCCAAGCAGCACCACGGCAGGCGUGGCUCCCGCCCAAUUCACCGGUGCCGCCGCCUCCGGCAAGAAGGCCACUACCGAGUUCGGGAUCCUGGCGGGAGUCUUGGCCGUGGUUGCGUUCCUGGCUUGA